CCAAAGGUCCGCCUUUCCUAAGCGCGAUCCCCGCGAGUUCGCAUCGUUUGUGAAUCUGUCAUAAUCGGGAUCGUGUAACGCAAUUUAAUUAACCAGCGCAUCACCAUGCCUCCUAAAUUCGAUCCUACCGAAGUUAAGAAAGUCUACCUUCGAUGUGUUGGAGGAGAAGUCGGUGCGACCUCUUCCCUUGCUCCGAAAAUCGGUCCUCUCGGUUUGUCUCCGAAAAAAGUCGGUGACGACAUCGCGAAGGCGACCAGCGACUGGAAGGGUCUAAAAAUUACAGUGCAGCUGACUAUCCAGAACAGGCAGGCGACUAUAUCCGUUGUGCCGUCGGCAGCGUCACUGAUCAUAAAGGCACUGAAGGAGCCGCCGAGGGACAGAAAGAAACAGAAGAACAUCAAGCACAGUGGUAAUCUCUCUAUGGACGAAGUCAUAAGCAUCGCUCGUGUCAUGAGGCCCAGAUCCAUGUCCCGGGAGCUCAGCGGAACCAUAAGAGAAAUCCUUGGCACCUGCCAGUCUGUUGGCUGCACCGUCGAAGGACGCCCCCCACACGAUCUUAUAGAUGAGAUCAAUGCUGGGCAGUUGGAAACUCCGGAAGAAUAAAAUGAUGAUUGAAGGAGGUUAAAAUUGAAUAAAGAAAAUCUUAUCAAA